GUGACUUUCACUCGGUGUUUAUAUGCACAGCUGGUACAGCAGCAGUUUGUUCCAGACAGACGCAGUGGAUACACCCUGCCCGCCCCAGCUCAUCCUCAGUACAGAGCCUUGUGGACAUGAACCUGGUGGCAAACCUGCUCGAGUCCUACAGUGCCCAGGCUGGCCUGGCAGGACCCACCUCGAGCAUUUUACAGAGCCUGGGGGUGAAUUUACCUGAGAGCACAGAGCUCCCUGGCAGCUGAGCAAGGCAGGGAGAGCCUUGGUACAGGACAUGGCUGCUGGGGAGAUGGAGCACAGACACACGAGCAGGAUGUGGGAGAAGAGGCCCAAGGUUUGAAUUUGGAGCAUUCUGUUCAUUAUGUGUCACUUCAGCAGAGUGAAUUUACCUGCCAAAGCUUCUGUUUGCACACUGUCUUGGGUGGAAAUGAGAUUUUCCUAGUGCUGACACAGUUUCAGAAAAGUGGAAAAUGAUGUUGAAUGAAUGACAGAAAUGAGGUUUUCUUUUACUACAACACCUCUCUCCCAUUUUUCCAAUCAGUGAUCCAAUUUGCCACAUUUCUAAAAUGCCCUUUUACCCAUUGCUGAGUGGGGUCAAUAUCUGGGGAGCAGUUCUUGUUCUGAAAAUGCUGCUGCCUUCAGGGGCAGGUGGGGAAAUACCACACUGCAGGAAGAGUAAUUGCAUCAAAUGUGUAAAUAAUGGCCAGCAGUAUUUUUGAAUUUUAUUUCAAUAAAAACAAAAAUACAACUUGA